GGUGAUAGCGCUGCGGCUGCGCACUACUGCAAAAGGUCAGGGGGAGGUUUGGAUUGCGUUUAGCAGAUUGUGAGUUCAGUUAAAAUAAAAGACGGAGCACCGAGAGGCGCAGGAGGAGAGAGCAAGCUCAUUGGGUAAAGUAAUAACAAAACCAGGAGAACAAGUAUCCCAGGCGAAUGGACUCAAUGGAGAAAUAUACAGUACAAAGAGCAGUUUGUCACUAAACCAUCUACCCAGGACUCUCCAUUCUGUUCAUGCCGGUUUAAAUAGCAGCUACCCUGCACGGGUCUAGCCUCACUCUUCUGGUUUUGCAUUUUUGUUGCUUCGAGUGAGGCAAAGGUGAGGAUAUAUGAUGAAGUUCAAGCCUAACCAGACAAGGACUUACGACGGGGAGGGUUAUAAGAAGCGAGCGGCAUGUUUGUGUUUCAAGAACGAACGGGAGGACGAGGUUUUGCUGGUUAGCAGUAGUCGGCACCCGGACCAGUGGAUUGUACCAGGUGGAGGCAUGGAGCCCGAGGAGGAGCCUGGUGGUGCUGCAGUCAGGGAAGUUUAUGAAGAGGCUGGAGUGAAAGGCAAGUUAGGAAGGCUGCUAGGAGUUUUUGAGCAGAACCAAGACAGGAAGCAUAGAACAUACGUGUACGUUCUCACAGUGACGGAGACCCUAGAAGACUGGGAGGAUUCUGUUAAUAUAGGGAGAAAGAGAGAAUGGUUUAAAGUAGAAGAUGCCAUUAAAGUUUUACAGUGUCACAAACCGGUCCACGCGGAAUACUUGGAAAAACUGAAACUCGGCUGCUCUCCCACCAACGGCAACUCUGUGGUUCCCACCCUUCCUGAUGACAACUCCACUCUGUAUGUGACCUCAUCACAGACUCCUGGAAAGCCUUCCACUGUGAGAUAAAAGGACAGUCACUCAGCCUGUCCCAUACUGGAGAGGGGACACUGCACUCACAGGAGAGUAGGGACAUCUGACACAGGAUUCUCAUGUAAAAUGUAUCCAUAAAACAAAUACAUUUGCAUGAACUCUUGCAGUGUUGACACUAGGUGUUUUUUUUUGUUUUGUUUUUUUUAAUAUAAUUUGUAAAAUAGUAUUUCAACAAACCAAAGCCAUACCUGGAAUUGUGUUAACAAUGUUUUGUUAAGGAUGCCUUAAUUGGCCUUUUUUUUAAAACUCUGCUUUUUGGGUUGUGUUUUUUUUUUUUUUUUAAACAGACCUAUACAGUACAUGAAAUGGUCUUUAUGAUUCAAAACCUCUGUUUUAAUUAUACUUGAAAUUAACAAAUGCUGUAUUCAUGAACUUAGAGAUUUGCAGACACUGCUGUAAUCAUAUUGGGGAAAUAAUAUACACUGGCUAUUUAGUAAGAAAACUAAACAGGCCCUUAAUUUCAGAGAUGUUGCUAAAUUCAAUAGAUUUAUUGUCCUAUUUGAACAAUUGACACAUUUGGAAAUAUUGUUACAUUUGUCUGCUAAAGAAGCGAACUGUCAGACUAGCAUUGGGAACUUUAAUCUUAUUUAAUGCUGGAUGAUGCAUGGAGUCAGAUAUGGGUGUAUUCUAAUCUAAACAAUGGCAGAUCUUAAUACCGUUACCAUAAAAUGUACAAACUUUUUCGAGGGCCUCCUUUCACUGUAUUUCUAUGGUAUGUAGUAAUGUUAAUAAAGCACCGGCACGGUAAAAAACUGCUGCUGCUGCUUACAUCAGUAAAAUAGACCCUAACCUCGUCCACCAAUUGGUCAAUUCUGAGUACUCCAAAGCUACCUCAAUAUAUUAACAAAAUUACAGCUGUCUAUUUAAAUGCCUGACCAAGAUAAUAACAAAACAGCACAGCUGUGAGGAACCCAUAACAGCACAUUAGACAGACUGUAAAAGUAUGUUCCAGAACAAAAAAUCAAAUACAAAUGUAGUUAAUAUAUUACACUGUAUUAGGUCUUGAACCUUCAAUUUCAUUGACUCGCUGAUUUUGUUUUCUCUUAGAGCCACUGGAACAAAGUAUAUUACAGCCAAAUAUUUUCUAAAUGAAAUAAAACAAAUUCUGCCAAAUGAUUUAAUGUGCAAAUAUUAUCAGUAACAGCUAAACCAGAUUUUGUGUGUUCAGUUGAUACUUGUGUGCAUUACUGUCAAUAUGUGGCAAGGGACCGGAUGCUGCUGGGAUUGCAUGUCCCAAUCUCCUGUUUACAGGCUGGAAACUGGAAAACACAAGGUCUACGUGAGCUUUCCUGAGUCUUUUGAAUACAGCAAUUGGUAGAGAUUGCCUCCUUUACACACAUUUAAUUAGAAACUCUUACAAAAAUAAAAUGUACUUGUGAUUUUGGACUCCAACCCCAAUAGUGUAGAGUUACACGGUUACAAACUGGCCACUGUCACAUUUACAAUAUUACACAAAUAAGGUUCAUAAAUAUUUCAAGAAAAUAGGACUGGAAUGGCCUUGUGUGGUUUGUACCUUAAUACACACAAAAAAAGGAUGUUUGUUUUUUUUGUUUUUUUCUAUGCUUUAUUUUCUAUUAAUGUAUACUUCUAACAUUUUACAAAACGUGCUGCUGUAAAUAAAAACAAACAAACUCGU